AACUAAAACAGAAACAGAAAACCAUUCAAGAAAACGACUCAAUGGCCGAGUCAUCCUCGCAGGAAACAGAAUGGGAGGCGAUCGAGAUCUUGAAGGAACGCGGGGGGAAAUAUUACAUCCGAUGGGCUGGAAUCGACCCAGAGACGAAUAAAGCAUGGAAGCCGACCUGGGAGCCAAAGCGUAUGGCGAACAAAUUAUUAGUAGAUGACUGGAAGGAGAAGAAGAAGAAGAGGAAGAGACGAAGCUCAGGUCGGAACAGCUAUCGAUCUGAAUCAAUCUCAUAUUGGUCAAGUACCCAUUCAACAACAGCCAAGACGACCGCCGAGUUAACUCGCCCGAGUACUCGUCUAUCAAUCCUCGACAAUCCGCAUAGCACUCCUUCCAGCAGUAGUAUCAUAAGCACUAAGCGAAAACGAAGAAAGACUCACGAAACUUCCACCCCUGCUAGUCCUGUCUCAUCCAAGCUACACUCAAUCCAUGAUCAUCAGUCAUCACCGCAACCUUCUACUCCCUCUCAACUCAACUCAUCUCAAAAGUUAAAACAAACGGUCAUUCCAGAAACUCAAUCUCAAUCUCAAUCAGAUGAAGAACUCGACACAGGAAACCAGAAAACCAAAACAAACCCUUCUGUUAAUACAAAUCGAAAGACUCCCAAUCGCCUCCCGAUGACCUCUUCGUCUCUACCCGAAGAUCCACUCCAAGCUGCCAAGAAUUCACUUUCCAAAAGAAAACAGAAGAAACCUGGGCCUACUCCCCCAGCUAAUCCGACCCCCAAAACUCCUAUUCGUCUUCCUUUGACCUCUUCUUCUCUGCCCGAAGAACCAAUCCGAGAAGCCGAGGAUUCAAUUUCAAAAAGAAAACAGAAGAAACUCAAACCUAAUCCACCUGCCGCAGCCAACCCGAAUCCCAAGACUCCUACUCGCGAUCAUCUGAGCCCUUAUCCCACUCAAGACCCACCCGAGCCAGCUGAGGAUUCAGAUGGGCCGGCUACACCCACCCAAGAAACUUCACAAGCCCAAGACAUUGCAUUGAACCUAUUUUCCAACGACUCCUCGAGCCAUCAGAGCAGUGAGGUUGAGGAUGAAUACUCAAACCUCGGCCAGGCUAGGACGCCCAACCGGCCAUCCCCUCUGCUCUCUUCGAACAACGAUCAAGUCAUCCCUAGCUAUGAACCUGAUGCAGAAACAGCCGAUCUGAUCGCCAGUCUUAAUGACUAUGACGACCCUGACCAUCUGUCGAGAAUGGUCCAGUACAUAUCCCGAAGCCCGAUCGAUGCUGACGACAAGAGAUUCAUCCUCAAAUUCAUCAACGACCCGCUCUCUUAUCUUGCCGGUCCGACCAACGAAAUCGAGCAGCUGCGACAAGAGCACACACUCGGUGGAUAUCUGGGAUUUGAAAUCAAAAGGCAAAAAGCCGGUUCAAUCAACCUAUGGCUUCAGGGGCUUGGGGGCUCACAUCCAUCAUGGGUGGUUAGAUGGGACAGUGCUAAAAAUCGUAAAAAAGUUGCAAAGCUGCUGUUUCGUUACCUCUCGAGUCGCAAGAGAUCCUGCUCAGAUACAUCCGAAUCAAGAGUCUCUGAGCGCACUGACGCCAAGCCUGAGCCUUCUCAUCUAUCGAAAGACCCCAAUGAUCACCAAUCGUGUUCGAGUCAAAGUCAUGAGCCCCAAGAGUCUGAAAUCAAACCUGAUCCUCUUGUUCCAGAUGACAACCCAGCCCCAUUCGAUGAUAACCCAGCGCCAUUUGAUGUCAACUCAGUGCCACUUGAUGUCCAGGAAUCUGAAUCGUCCAAAUUGCUAAAAGUUCUGGCCCCUUCUCCUCCAGCCGAUGCUCCAACCGAUGCUCCGCCUGAUGAUAUGCACACCGAUGCUCCACCCGAUGAUAUUCACACCGAUGCUCAGCUUGAUAAUAUUCACACCGAUGCUCCGGCUGAUGAGAUUCACACCGAUGCUCCGUUUGAUGAGAUUCACACUGAAACCCCGCUUGAUAAAAUUCACCCAGACACUGCUAUCCCCCCGGAAGACAAAGUUUGUCCUAGUGAGGUCGAGCCUCUUUUGAACAAAACCGCCGCAGGUGAGGGCCGGAGUGAAGUCGAGCCACUUUCGAACAGAGUUGACGCUGCGGUUGAGAGUCGGAGUCAGAUCAAGCAUCUUUCGAUCAAAACCGACACUGACCGGGAGGAUCGGAUGAGCAAGGAAGAGCUUCGGGGUGUUUUGACUGGGCUACGUGUGUUAUUGAAAGGUGCCCUAGAAGCCAGUUCACACCAAGAAAACAAUGCCCACAAAAUAUCUCGCCUCCAAGCUGAUUUGGAGAAAGAAAAGGAGACUGUAGCAGAGCUGAAGAAUCGGCUUUGGGACCGAGAUGGAGAGAUAACUGGACGCCAAGCUGAUUUGGAGAAAGAAAAGGAAACAGUUGCCGAGCUGAAGAAUCGACUCCAGGACCAAGAUGCAGAGAUAACCCGACAACAGGCCCUCCAAGCUGACUUGAAGAAACAAAACGAGAUAACGGCGGCAGAGCUAAACAAUCGAGUUUGGGACCAGGGGCAAAAGUCAACUGAGAAGAAGGAGAAGCAAAAGGGGAGGUCAAAUGAUGUUGGAUGUAUGAAGGCAUCUAUCCCUGUGUCGGCUUUGGAUUUAUGUUCCAGCUUGUCUGCAAGUGAGAAGCGUGCAUACAACCAGGGGUUAGAGGCUUUCCUAGAAAAAAAAGGAAACAGAGGACGUGCUGGCAUGGAUUUUGGAUCGGUUGCCAUCGAUAUCAUUACACGAUUUCUCAACUUCUUGCCGUCUGUGAUGCCAUAUAUCCAGGAGAAUCAGGUCAACGUUGCCAGGUCGCUCUCUGCAAAAGUGAUCAUGGCUUCUAAGUCAAAAGACUUUGCAGACACGCUCAGAUGUGCUCCAGGUCUUAUCCAGGUUUCUUACCCUGAUCCAUUUUGGAACCAACAAAAGGUCAAGUUUGAAACAAUCUGGGAAGCUGCCAGCGAAGAUGAUGCUGCUCCAACUGGGAGUUGGCAAACUCUUCUUUGUAUGUUUGCACGAGGCGACAAGGACAACACGUCCACUUACACUGAUCACAGCUCUCGCAAACUUCUCCUUGACGCCGCUUUUACUCGUGUAGACCAGCUGGUCAAGGAUUCGAUUGCUGCUGUCACUGGAAAAAUUCAGCCCCAAAAAAGCUCAACAACUGACACAUCUUCCUUGGACGGCAUCCGAAAAGCUGAAGUAUUCCUCCACCAAAAGGUCCAGGGUUAUGGCGGCACUCGAGGGAAGGGAGCAUCGAAAAAUUAUUAUGACACAAAAAAUUUCCUUCUCAAGCGGAUCCACCAGGUCUUUUUGGCCUUGUCUCUCUGUAUGGAGUCAACUACAGUGGCUCAAUUGGAGAACGAGUAUAAAAAUAAACCCAACAUCACCGCUGCCCAGCUCAAGGAAUACAAGAGCAGUCUGCAAUCCAAUGCCAUCUUUCGCACUGGCCCUCCCGAUAUCAGCAGUUGUGAUUGGUCUAUCUCUCGUCGCGAGUCUUAUGCAGUUCUGGCCAGUUUUAUGGCUUUUGGUGUUGCUGGCUUGUUCACCAGCUUCAUCAACUAUUGACGAUAUACACUCGCAGACAGCUACGGAAUAUUAACGUUUGGCGAUCAACGGAUCAAAGCUAUCAAAGAUAUGGGCAUGACCAAGACCUCUAGUCAUCCUCUUGUUGAUGGUGCCUGGAAGUAUCUUAACGGUCAUAUUCUCAAGCUUCUGCAUGCUUCUAAUAUUCAAAGGGGUGAUUCAAACGAUUGGUUCCAGGCCACCAAGCUUUGGGCUAAAGCUUUGGCUCCAGAGGUUGUUGGAGAAAUUGUCCUGGCCGAUGUCUGGGAGGAAAUCAAUAUACCAGCCCAAUCAAUUACCUCUCGUGGUAAUGAAGCUCUUCACCCGCUUCUGGACCAAGAUUGGCUGUAGCUCUUCACCUACUUCUUGACCCUGGGUGCAUCAAGAGCAAAGAUGGGCUGUUCUUGUGAAGAAAAAUCUCCCUGGUCUCCUGAAGGGGUCAGUGUACAUACAAGGCAGACUCACCAGAUGACAAAGAUGAGGGCAACAUGACUAACUUUGAUUGUGUGGUUUAAGAACUACAGUUGCGGACAGCAAAAA